AUGCAUGCAACCCAGCGGCACCAUAUUGGAGCCAGCACCCUUUUCCGUCAAUAUCCCUUUCAGCUCGUGUUCCGAACUGCAGAAAAAGAGACAAAUCCGGAACCGGGAAUAUUGGGUUCAAGCCUCGAACCCCAGUACUACUUCAAGACUUCAAGACUCAUUAUUGUUUCAGCAGAGCUGGGUGUCCCCGUAGUGAGCAUACCAUUCAAGGAAUUGUAG